CUCUCUCUCUCUCUUGAAACCAUUCAUUCACCUCCACUCUUCUCAUACUUUGCGGCCUCAUUGUGGUGAGGACCACAGAGAAAUGGGAAGUAAAUACAGCGAUAUUGCUUUGGAUUUGGACAUUUCUUCUCCCUUAUCUGUUCUCUUUCAGCCACUGCCCGGUUUAACGUUAUCGCCAUCAUCAUUCAGGACUCGAGAGGAGGCCAGAAACACAACAACACAGCAGGAGCAGCUUACGAUAUUCUACAACGGAAGAGUCAGUGUUUCCCAUGUCACUCAAGGCCAGGCAAGUGCAAUUCUAGGUCUCGCUACUGAAGAAGAUGUCGACACCACUCUUCGGAUCUCUCCUAUCGACGGCAACAACAAUAACACCAUUGUCGAAUCGUCCUCAGAUCAGAGCAGUGACAGCAGCAUUCCUCCUUUUCUUCUUUGCCAACAACCUCACAUGGGCUUCUCGGCAGCAGCGGCAACUGGUAUGAAACACUCGUUGCAACGGUUCCUCCAGAAAAGAAAGAGGCUCCACAAAAAUUCGCCUUACCGCCGCUAGUCGCCUCACCGGUUUUCUUUGCCGUUCGUUACUGGUGCACUAUUCAAAACUCAUCUCAUAGAGAGGAACCAUUUUACGGCAAGUGCGAAGAUUGAUGGAAGGAAAAUGCCAACGUUGAAAAGAUCGACUUGGACAAGGUACUAGACUUUAGCUGAUCAACUCGACAAGGCACUCCGACUUUUGAUUGAAGCGAGUUAUUCGACCGAGUCAAACCAUUCGAUCUCUCCAUAUUCUUUAAAUGGGAAGUACCACAUUUAUUAUUAUUAUUUUUCCCCUUGUACUCAACCAAACGUGUCAUUCCAUUGCAUUUGGGGCACUGCGCCGCGAUCGGUUGAAUUUUACAUAAACCACAAUGUAAUUUGAUGCUGUGACCAUUGAAAUUCAAGUUAA